GCGCCCGGGGGCCAGCCGCGGAUCACCGGGUUGGGUCCUCCAGGGCGUCCAGGGGCCCGCCGGGGGUCACCUGGACUGGGUCCUCUGGGGGUCCCGGGGGCCUGCCGGGGGUCACCUGGCCGGGUCCUCAGGGGCGACCGGGGGCCUGCCGGGGGUCACCGGGGGGUCACUGGGGUGGGUCCUCCGCGGCGCCGGGGGCCUGCUGGGAGUCACCGGGGUGGGUCCUCGGGGGCGCCUGUGGGUCCACCGGGGGUCACCAGCAUGGGUCCUCCGGGGCGCCCGGGGCCCGCCGGGGGUCACCGGGGUGGGUCCCCCGGGGCGCCCAAGGGUCCACCAGGGGUCACUGGG